AUGGACAGUUUGGAGAAGCAGCUCAUCUGUCCGAUUUGCUUAGAAUUAUUUACGAAACCAGUAGUGAUUCUCCCAUGUCAACACAACCUUUGCCGGAAAUGUGCCAACGACAUAUUUCAGGCCUCUAAUCCUUACCUUCCCACCAGAGGAGGCACGGUGACUUCAGGUGGCCGUUUCAGAUGUCCCUCUUGCAGGCACGAGGUUGUACUGGACCGACAUGGAGUUUAUGGGCUGCAGAGGAAUCUCUUGGUGGAGAACAUCAUCGACAUGUACAAACAGGAGUCCACCAGCAGCAAACCUGCUCCACAGAUGGCAGCUGACCAGCCCAUAUGUGAGGUGCAUGAGGAUGAGAAGAUAAACAUCUACUGCGUGACCUGUGCCAUGCCUACCUGCUCCAUGUGUAAGGUGUUUGGUGCACACAAGGAUUGUGAGGUGGCACCCCUCAAAAGCAUAUACCAAGUUCAAAAGACAGAGCUGUCGGACAGUAUAGCUAUGAUGGUAGGCAACAAUGACAGGAUCCAGGGCAUCAUCAGUCAGCUGGAGGAGACCUGCCGGGCUAUAGAGGAGAAUGGCAGGAGGCAAAAAUCUCAGGUAUGUGAGAAGUUUGACCACCUGUACGCCAUCCUGGAGGACAAAAAGAGGGAGAUGAGUCUUCAAGUGACGGCCGAGCAAGAGGAGAAGCUGAACUACAUUCGCGGACUCAAGAGGAAGUAUGAAGAUCAUCUCGAGAGCAUGACCAAGAUUGUGGAGUCAGGGAUCCAAACUAUGGAGGAACCUGAAAUGGCUCUGUUCUUACAGACUGCCAAGCCUUUGUUACAUAAGAUUGGUGAGGCCUCCAACAAGUCCCACCUGGAGAAAGUAGAGCGUGGUUAUGAGAACAUGGAUCACUACACCGUUAAUUUCAAAAAGGAGAGCAAAGCUAUACGUGCUAUCGACUUCAUCGGAGAUGAUGAGGAGGAAGAGGAAGAUGUGCUUGGAGUUGGAGCAGAAGAGGACAGCCACACAGAACUGACCGCUUCAGGUGGAGCAGACGGAGGGGGGAUUCCUGCCUAUCCUCCUCCUCUACCACUGCCUCAGCCUGCUCCAAACACACUCAAGAACAUAGGCUCGUCCUAGCUCCGAACCUGCAGCAUUCAUAUUAAACAUAGACCAUAAACAUGCAUGCAUAUCAGUGCUGUUGCUGAAAUGGUAACUUUACAGCAGAAGCAAAAUAGUUUUAAACAGAGUUACAAAGUUACAGCAAAAGAGUUACAAAGUUUUCGUAUGACAGCAAUGAUAUGCAUGUUGAUUCAUCCAGUGUAAUUUACUGUACACAACUGUAAAGACCCAAGGAACUAUAACCAUAGGACUUUGGACUUGAAAAUAGAGAAUUUAUUACAUAUAUUUCCAGCUGAAUUUCUUACUGUGCUGCAAAGCUUUCUUUUUAACAGCUGAUUUAGAGAUGUCACACAGCAAACAGCUAAAUAUAAACAUGGAUGGUUUUGGAAACCCAUCCAAGAUUGGUCAUGUUGUUCUUUGCGUAGGGAGUGUUUCUCCAUGGUAUUUUUACUGUUGGCACCGCAGUAGUGUUUGGAUUAUGAAUGGCAUGAUGAUCAUCUCUCAACAUA